AAACCCUAGGUGUCAUCGAGUCCAGCGUCAACAGGCAACAGGUGUCCCAGCCGCGCGCCGCACGCCCUGUUGCCUUCUCUCGACUUCGAGAGCACCGCCGCACGGCAUAACGCUCGCACGGCCGAGCCCCGACAUUCUACCGCACUCCCUCCGCUGCACCCCUUUCCAUUCUACCGCCGGCGACGCCAAAGUUCUUGGGCCUCCUCAUCGGCGACUUUUCCGCCGGCGACAGGAAACAACGAACCAAACCACUUCUCUGUCGAGAGGCGUCGCGCUCCUCUCUUCGCCCUCUGCUGUUGAAGAUGAGGAAGCUCAAGUUCCAUGAGCAGAAGCUCCUCAAGAGGCACAAUUUCUUGGAGUACAAGAGGGAGGGCGGCCACCGCGAGGCGCUCGUCACACAGCGCUACCGCCUCGUGGAGAGGGACGACUACAAGAAGUACAAUGGGAUAUGCUUAAUGGUGCAAAAGCUCGUUAACAUCAUAAAGCAGAUGGACCCAAGAGACCCUUUCAGAAUCCAGAUGACAGACUUGAUUCUCGAUAAGCUGUAUAAUAUGGGUGUAAUUUCAACAAAAGAGAGCUUGUUAAAGUGUGAGAAACUUUCAGUGAGCGCCUUCUGCAGGCGGAGACUUGCAACAGUUAUGGUGAAGCUCAAGUUUGCAGAGCACCUUAAGGAGGCUGUGACGUACAUCGAACAGGGGCACGUGCGUGUCGGUCCAGAUGCAGUCACGGACCCAGCCUUUCUUGUGACCAGAAACAUGGAGGACUUCAUCACCUGGGUGGAUUCCUCAAAGAUCAAGAGGAAGGUCAUGGAGUACAAUGAUGCAUUAGAUGAUUAUGAUGCCAUGUUCUGAGAAAAUAAUUCUGCAGAAAUUUAUGUGCCCGUCAGUAGUGUAAUCUUAAGCCUGCCACAUAUGGGUCUUUUCUGAACAAAUCUGUGGGAGUUGUCUUCUGCAUGGCUACUUGCAUUUGUAUUGCACCUGCAGAUGUGAUGCAAUUUUGUGGUUGGUUGAAGGCACAUUAUAAAUUCAUAUCUGAUGUAGUUGUGCAAUUGUCUUUGUUAAAGAGCGGGUUUGCCCGGAUUUCCCCUA